UAUGGCGAGAAUGCCUGGCAGCGGCGGCGGCGAGUGGAGCACCGGCACCGGCGGCACCGGCACCGGCGGCGAGAACAAUGCCGGAGACCGGCCGCCGGGCCGCGGCGGCACCCACCGCCCGCACCACUACUGCAGCGCCGGCGAGGAGGAGGACGGCGAGGAGGAGGAUGAGAUCCAGGAGGUGCAGAUAACGGGGGACGAGGAGGAGGAGGACGGAGCCGAUGGGGGGCUGCUGCUGGACGAGGAGGAGGAGGAGGAGGAAGAGGAGAUGGGUCUGGAGUGGGACGGCGAGGAGGAGCCGCUGCCGCCGGAGCCGGUCCAUAUGCCGGGCGGCGGCGGCGGCGGCGUCGGGGCGGCCCCGGCGGCGGCGGCGGCGGCCCCGGGGGGCGGCGGCGGCGGCGGGGCGGCGGAGGACGCGGAGCUGGAGGCGGCCCUGCUGCUGCAGCGGCCGGAGCGGGCGCGGCUGAGCGAGAACACGCGGCUGGCCACCCGCUACGCCGUGCGCAUCUUCCGCGAGUACCUCAGCGAGAAGGCGCAGAGCCCCGACUUCGAGACCAUGGACAAGGGGGCGCUGUGCCGGGUGCUGCGCUCCUUCUACGCCGAGGCGCGCUCCAAGAGCGGGCAGCUCUACUCCAAGUCCUCCCUCAUCAGCAUCCGCAGCUCCCUCAACCGCUACCUCAACGAGCCGCCCUACUGCCGCACCCUCGACCUCACCAAGGACCCCGAGCUCCGCGCCGCCAACCUCACCCUGGCCGCUGUCAUCCGCAAGCUGGAGGAGCAGGGCGCCGGGCCCGUGGUGCAGAAGCAGGCCAUCACCCGUGCCGACCUCCGCAAGCUCUACACCUGCAGCGUCUUCAGCACGCAGAGCCCCUUUGGGCUCCUCAACAAGGUCUGGUUCGAGACCUGCAUGUACUUCUGCACCCGGGGCCGGGAGAACCAGCGGGAGCUGGAGGAGGACUCCUUUGGGCUGGCUAUGGACGAGGACGGCCGCAAGUUCGUCUACUUCAAGGCCCUGGGGCCCUACCACAAGUCGCGCUCUUCCUCCUGGAGCAAGAAGCGGGCGGAGAGCAAUGACGAGGAGAACCUGCCCCGCAUGUACGAGACAGGCACCGAGUUCUGCCCCUACGCCAGCUUUGUCAAGUACCUCUCCAAGCGCAACCCCCUCUGCAAGGCCUUCUUCCAGCGCCCACGGGACCACUGCAGCGAGGGCGAUGUCACCUGGUACGAGAACAAGGCCAUCGGCAAGAACCUCCUGGGCACCCGCAUGCAGAUGCUCUCCAAGGCGGCUAAGCUCUCAAAGACCUACACCAACCACUGCAUUGGUGCCGUCUCCAUCGCCACCCUCAACAGCAUUGCCGGCAUCGGCACCAAGCUGGGGGGGCCGCAGCCACUGCACCACCACCACCAUCCCCCUCCCCACCACCACCUCCUCCACCACCCUGCUGGCGGGGGCUGCUACACUCCCGCCACCCUCAACGGUGGGCCGCGGCCCCGGCCGCCUGCCCCCGACCCCUACGUGCUGCCCAAAGACGGCGACGCCGCGCCGGUGAAGGCAGAAGCGGCUGCGGUGGCCCCGGCCAAGCGGGCCCUCUACGAGGCGGUGUUCCCGGCGGGGGCCGCGGCCGGCGGCGACGCGUGCGGGCCCUCCGCCUCCCCCAAAAGACUCUGCCGCCGCCCCACCGAGCCCCUGGACGCUGCCGCGCCUGCCGUGGUGGUGGUCUCAGUGAAACACGACCCCCUGCCUCACCUCCUCCCCGAAGCCAAUGGGCACAGAAGCACCACCUCACCCACAGUAGUUUCACCUGCUAUUGUUUCCCCCACACAGGACAGUCGGCCCAAUAUGUCAAGACCUCUGAUCACUAGAUCCCCUGCAUCUCCAUUGAACAAUCAAGGCAUCCCCACUCCAGCACAGCUCACAAAAUCCAACGCACCAGUUCACAUUGAUGUGGGUGGGCACAUGUAUACCAGCAGCCUGGCCACGCUUACAAAAUAUCCUGAUUCCAGAAUUGGAAGACUUUUUGAUGGCACAGAGCCCAUUGUCCUCGACAGUCUCAAGCAGCAUUAUUUCAUCGACAGAGAUGGGCAAAUGUUCAGAUAUAUCUUGAAUUUUUUAAGAACAUCAAAACUCCUCAUUCCUGAUGAUUUCAAGGACUACAGCUUGCUAUAUGAAGAAGCAAAAUAUUUUCAGCUUCAGCCCAUGCUAGGAGAAAUGGAAAGGUGGAAACAGGACCGGGAGACUGGCCGCUUUUCAAAGUCUUGUGAGUGCUUGGUGGUGCGAGUUGCCCCAGAUCUUGGAGAGAGGAUUACACUGAGUGGCGAUAAGUCAUUGAUAGAAGAAGUGUUUCCAGAAAUUGGUGAUGUGAUGUGUAAUUCUGUCAAUGCUGGCUGGAAUCAUGACUCAACGCAUGUCAUCAGAUUUCCACUGAAUGGAUACUGUCACCUCAACUCAGUUCAGGUACUUGAGAGGUUACAGCAAAGAGGGUUUGAGAUUGUUGGCUCAUGCGGAGGUGGGGUGGACUCUUCCCAAUUCAGUGAAUACGUACUGAGACGAGAACUCAGAAGGACAUCUCGUGCACCUUCCGUCAUUCGAAUAAAGCAAGAACCUCUGGACUAAAAUGGACAUGUUUCUUUAUGCAAAAAAUAAAAAAAAUUAAAAAAAAAAAAAAAAAGGAAAGAAAGAGGAAAAAAGAAAAAGGGGGACGUUUCAUGUGCAGUUUGGACUCCAAACAAGUCCUGGAACCUAAAAUUGAAUAAAAGACACAUUUAUAUCAAAUAUAGAGACCACACCUGAAUUCAUAUGGGAACAUUUGGAAUAGUAGUAAUAAUAAUAACCUCAAGGUGUAAAAGAAAACAUAUACAUAUAUAUACAUAUAUAUAUAUAUAUAUAUAAAAGUAUGUACAUAUAUAUAAAUAUGUAUGUACAUAUAUGUAUGUAUGUAUAUGUCAAAAGGUAGGAAAUGCAACAAAAAAAAAAGUGGUAGAUGAGGUUGGUGCUGUGAUGGCCAUUAAGUGUCCUAGGCCUUACUCGGGCCCACUUAACGGUAUACAAGCCAUUACCAUUGGGGGAUACAUUGACUACUCUUACACAUUUUCCAUUGCCAAACAGCCAUCCACUUUUUAGGUGUACACCUUGAUUCAACUUUAUUUGCAUAUGGAGGUUUAUGUCUGUCUUUUUUAGAGGUGGAUGGGCAGGCGUUCAGGAGACGACCAUCCAUUGCAUUGGAAAGCUAGUCAACUGAAAUUUUAAAUGUAGUUUGUACAGAAGUCGCACACUUUUUGUCUGCCCUCACAGAUGUGAAAGGUUAACUUUUCUUUUGAAUGAGUUUUUUUGUUGUUGUUCCUUUUGUUUUGUGUUUUUUUUUUUUUUUCAAAGGGGGCCAGAAUAAUUAAUAUUUGGUAGAGAUGCUCUGCUUUGAAUCUGCUGCUUUCCUACAAUUUUUCAAAUUUUAUAAUGUAUUAAAUACAAUAAACUCUGUUUAAAGUAACGAGGGUCUGAUGUGAGCCAACAGAAGCAGCGAGGCGGGGGGCGGCUGCGCGGGUGGCCGCGGAGCAGCCGGGGUCCCGCGGAGCAGCCGGGGGCCCCGCGGAGCCGAGCCGCUGCCUGGCGCGCCUUCUGUCGCUGGUUUCCCUCCAGCGCCGUUCUUUUAAGCUCUGCCCCGGUUUAAAGAGAGGCUGUUGGUCAAACUUAAAAACAGAGCCAGUUCAGCCCAGGGAAACCAGUCAAGAAAAUGGGUUCUGCAAACGAAAAAGUGAGCGUUGAUAGCUGCGUGGUCCUUCUUCAGGGAGGGGCUGGCAGCUUUAGCUCUCAGAUGCCUUGCCCUGGUGAUGAGCGUUAGUCAGCCGGUUUGCUUUUUAAUGCUCUUGAUUUCCCGUGUUUAAAGCAAACGCUCUUCUCUCCAGAAAGCAGGACUGUCAGCCCCUCGCGGCAGGCCGUCGGCUGCGCGACUCGCGUUCGUGGGCGGCGAGUUCUGCGCUGUCCCCUCGCGGAGCCUCGCCGAGGUCAGCGGCGCGCCUGCCCUGCUUCCUCUCGGCCAGGUCUUGCGAGCGCGCCGCGUAACCGUGCUGCUCCGCGAGCUCUGCGCACGUUGAUGCUUCUGUCGCAGGCGACGCACCAGCAGCCACGUUCUCUCCUCCAAAGUACCUUCUUAUGCAAUACUGCGGAAUAUGACUGUAUGUUCAUCUGAGUAUGGAAAUUUCUAUUGACUCAAUGGUGCAGGCAUUCCGUUCCUUUUGGUGACACUUUGCUAUUUAUUUAAGAAAAGAAAAAGAAACUGUUAAAGUAAAUAUGUGUAACGAGGUUUUUAAUAUAGUCUGAUAACUCAGUUAGCAUUUUGCUGUUUUUUAUUAAAAUUUGUCUGAGGGAAUACUUAAAUAUUUGUCUGACAGCACUUAUCAGUGUGGUUUUGAAAUUACGGGAACAUGGAAAUGGGUGGGGGGAGACGCUCCAAAAAUUAAAGUUCAUUAGCUGAUUAUUAGAUCUUCAUGUGAUGCUGAUCUGUUGGUACAAAUUUGCACAGUACUGGAACAGCUGCAUCGUUGGAAAUGCUUGUUUUCAAUUAGCAGCCAGUCAUCCUCUUGCAAAAUAAACAAGCACUUGCUUCUCCUGCUCCAAAUUUGGUUGUUAGUUUGCAUAGAAGUCAGAAAGCAAAAACCAUGGGAAAUGAAUACUUUUCGCAGAUCUCCAGACUGCUGGAAGCGCUACGAAGUUUGUGAUGCCGGGAAAGAGGUCAGGCCCACGCGUUGCCAGUACGCUGAUGCAAAGCAGUGUGACGUUGCAGAGACUAUUUCUUGCAAAAACCCUGUCUGCGCUUCCAAAGCACGUACCAGCAGCGAUGUGUGUACCUGAAGAGACGUUCCUGCUGCCUGUUAAGCCCAGAUGUUCUCCCAAAUCCCAGCAAGCCCUGCUGGCUGCGGCGUUCCCGCGCGCAGAGGCGUCGGAGGGGGCCGCGCGGGCGGGGAGGUGCCUGUUCCACCCGAGCUUGCUCGGCGCGUGCCUGCCUGGCCCGACGGCACCGAAGAGACCGUUGUGCUCCUUCCCUGUCCCCGAGUGGCCGGUCGCCUGCAGCUGCGUGGGCAGCCACUGUGGAUCGAGUCCCAAACCGCUCGCGAGCCCCGAACGUAAACGUCGCUGCACUUGCACGGUGGUCGUGGAGUAAGAGGUCAUGAUGAACCAAGCACUGGCCAAUGAAAACCGAUAGGCAGCAGUAAACUAGAUGUUGAUUUUAGAGAGCAAAUGAGAGUUGUCCGGUCUGCAACUGAGGCUCGUAACAAUGUGGUUUUAAAAUGUUCUCUAGAAAAACUCACCAGCAGACAAAUAAGCAAUAUAUCCGGGAAAGGGGGGGAAGAAAAAGGAUCAGACUACGAGUACGGUCAGGUCUUUUCUGGAGGUUAGUAAUUUUGAC